CCUGCUCCCUCCCCCUCCUGCCGCAGCUCGCCUUGUUCCUCCGAGCGAGGCCGCCGCCAUGUUCUCGGGCUGACGCCGCCGCCGCCGCGCCGCAGCAGGAGGAGGAGGCGGCGGAGGGAAGGGGCCAGCCCCGAGCAGAGCAACAGAUGGCUAAGAGCUAGCAAGGCACAUUCAGGACCAUGAUGGCUCAGUUUCCCACAGCCAUGAAUGGAGGACCAAACAUGUGGGCUAUCACCUCUGAAGAGCGAGCAAAGCAUGACAAGCAGUUUGAGAGCCUUAAACCCAUAGGAGGAUAUAUUACAGGUGAUCAAGCACGUACCUUUUUCUUACAGUCAGGUCUACCAUCAUCAGUCCUAGCUGAAAUAUGGGCUCUUGCAGACCUGAACAAAGAUGGGAAGAUGGAUCAACAGGAAUUCUCCAUAGCUAUGAAACUCAUCAAACUAAAAUUACAAGGUCAACACUUGCCUGUGGUCCUCCCACCUAUCAUGAAGCAACCUCCCGUAUUCUCUCCGUUAAUUUCUGCUCGCUUUGGAAUGGGUAGUAUGCCAAAUCUGUCCAUGCCAACAUCUGUGCCUACAAUUGCACCUUUAGCUCCCAUGUCAUCGUUGACCGCAGUGACUUCGAUUCCUCCCUUGAUUAUCUCUACGCCUCUGAUGCCUUCUAUCAGUACAUCAUCAUUGCCAAAUGGAACAUCCAGUCUCCUUCAGCCUUUACCUAUGUCUUUCUCUUCAACAUUGCCUCAUCCUGGUUCUUUCAGUCCCAUGGCAGGAGGGUUUGGUGGUACUAAUAUACAGAAGGCACAGUCUCUGAUCGAUUUAGGAUCUAGUAGUUCAAAUUCUUCCUCCACCACUUCACUAACUGGGAAUUCACCUAAGACUGGAUCCUCAGACUGGGCAGUUCCUCAGGCCUCCAGAUUAAAAUACAGGCAGAAAUUUAAUAGUCUUGAUAAAGGCAUGAGUGGAUACCUAUCAGGAUUUCAAGCAAGGAAUGCCCUUCUGCAGUCAAACCUUUCUCAGACUCAGCUGGCUACCAUUUGGUCACUAUCUGACGUUGAUGGAGAUGGACAGUUGAAAGCUGAUGAGUUUGUGUUAGCCAUGCAUCUAACUGAUAUGGCCAAAGCUGGGCAGCCUCUGCCAUUGACCCUGCCUCCUGAAUUGGUACCUCCUCCUUUCAGAAGUGGAAAAUAUGCUGAAAAUGUUAAUGGAACUCUGCCAUCUUGCCAGCGAAUGCAAGAAGAGGAGCCCCAGAAAAAACAGCCAGUUACAUUUGAGGACAAGAGAAAAGCAAACUAUGAGAAAGGAAACGUGGAACUGGAGAAAAGGCGUCAAGUCCUACUGGAGCAGCAGCAGAGAGAGGCGGAACGUAAGGCUCAGAAAGAAAGAGAAGAACAAGAGCGAAGAGAGAGGGAGCUGCAGGAGCAGGAGCGGAAAAAGCAGCUUGAACUGGAAAGGCAGUUGGAGAAACAACGAGAGCUGGAAAGACAAAGGGAGGAAGAGAGGAGAAAAGAAAUAGAACGGCGGGAGGCAGCAAAGCAGGAACUUGAGCGCCAGCGACGGCUGGAAUGGGAGAGAAUUCGACGCCAAGAUCUUCUUAAUCAGAGAAACAGGGAGCAAGAAGAAAUUGUCAAGUUGACCUCUAAAAAGAAGAGCCUUAAUCUUGAAUUAGAAGCCCUGAGUGGCAAACAUCAGCAGAUCACAGGCAGACUGCAAGACGUGCAAAGCAGAAAACAAAUUCAGAAAAGUGAGCUGGAAGCUCUAGAUAAAAAAUGUGAUUUGGGAAUUGUAGAAAUCAAACAGCUACAACAACAACUUCAGGAAUAUCAGAAUAAACUAGUCCAUUUAAUUCCUGAAAAGCAGUUAUUAAAUGAGAGAAUAAAACACAUGCAGCUGGACAACACUCCUAAUACAGGAAUCAGUUCAGUGAACAAGAAAUUCCUAGAAAAGGAAGAAUUAUGCCAAAGACUUCGGGAGCAAUUAAAUGCCCUAGAAAAGGAAACUGCUUCCAAACUCUCUGAAAUGGAUACAUUUAACAAUCAGCUCAAGUGUGAGAAUAUGGAUGAUUCUGUUCUUCAGUGCCUUUUGUCUCUGCUAAGCUGUCUCAACAACCUCUUCCUCUUACUUAAGGAACUGAGAGAAAGCUACAACACACAGCACUUAGCCCUUGAGCAACUUCACAGGAUCAAACAAGAGAAAAUAAGAGCUGUAGAAAGAAAAAGAGCUGAGCUUGCACAAAAAAAGCGACUGGAGGAUGAGGCUGCAAGGAAAGCAAAACAGGAGAAGGAGAACUUAUGGCAGGAAAAUGUCCGAAAGGAAGAGGAGGAGAAAAAAAAGCGAUUACAGGAAGAGCGAAUGCAGGAAAAAAUUCAUGAAGAAAAACAAAAAGCUGAGGAGGCAGCUGCCCAGGUGAGAGAGAGGGAGUUCCAGUUGCAAAAACUGGCUGAGGAGAAACAUGCGGAGGAGAGGAACAAGCUAGCUGAGAUUCAGAGAGAAACGGAAAAACAAAGGCAGAGACAACUGGAAGAAGACAAAAGGAAGCAAGAACAGAUUGCAAAAGAAGCUGAGGAGAGGCGUAAACAGCAUGAAGAAGAGAAGAGAAGAAAAGAUACAGCCAACCUGCAAGAGUCAGAGAAACACACUUCAAAAUUAAACUUAAAUGAGAAAUUUGCAGACUUGUUGAAACAGACUGAGGGUAGAAAUCUUAAGCCUAUGUGGAGAAGUGAAGGUAACGUAGUUAGUGCCUCAGAAUCUAGGAAUUCAGCUGCCUUGGUGAAUUACAGAGCUUUAUAUUCAUUCGAAGCAAGGAAUCAUGACGAGAUGAGUUUUAAUUCUGGGGAUGUAGUUCAGGUUGAUGAGAAAACCAUUGGAGAGCCUGGUUGGCUGUAUGGGAGCUUUCAAGGUCAUUUUGGCUGGUUUCCAUGCAGCUAUGUAGAAAAAAUACCAGAAAGUGAAAAAGCUUUAUCUCCUAAAAAGGCCUUACUUCCUCCUACAGUAUUUUUGUCUACUACCUCAGCUCCUCCAGAACCACUUUCACCAGGUAGAUCAGCAGAAGACACUGAUUACCAAAACGUACCUUUCUCAAGCCUAACUGUUAACACAACAUGGCAGAAAAAAUCCGCUUUUACUCGUACUGUGUCCCCAGGAUCUGUUUCUCCUGUUCAUGGACAGGGACAAGCUGUGGAGAAUUUAAAAGCACAGGCACUUUGCUCCUGGACUGCAAAAAAGGAUAACCACUUGAACUUUUCAAAAAAUGAUAUAAUUACUGUGCUGGAGAAGCAGGAAAACUGGUGGUUUGGAGAGGUGCAUGGAGGAAGGGGAUGGUUUCCUAAAUCCUAUGUCAAGAUCUUGCCUGGAAAUGAAAACAAACGAGAGGAAACCGAAACUAUUUAUGCAGCUGUAAACAAGAAGCCUAGUACACCAUCUUAUACAAUUGGAGAGGAGUAUGUUGCACUCUAUUCCUAUACGAGCUCUGAACCUGGAGAUUUGACUUUUGCUGAAGGAGAAGAAAUACUAGUCACUCAGAAAGAUGGAGAAUGGUGGACAGGAAGCAUUGCUGACAGAACUGGCAUCUUUCCAUCAAACUAUGUCAAACCUAAGGAUCAAGAUGGUUCUGGUACUGCUGGCAGAACUGGGACACUAAAUAAGAAACCUGAGAUUGCCCAGGUGACUACAGCGUAUGCUGCAUCAGGGACAGAACAGCUUAGUCUGGCUCCAGGACAGCUGAUACUUAUUCUGAAGAAAAACCCUAGUGGAUGGUGGCAAGGAGAGUUACAGGCAAGAGGGAAAAAGAGGCAGAAAGGAUGGUUUCCUGCCAAUCAUGUUAAAUUGUUAGGUCCAAGCAGUGAGAGAACUACUCCUGCUGCUCUCUCAGUAUGUCAAGUAAUAGCAAUGUAUGAUUAUGCGGCAAACAAUGAAGAUGAGCUCACUUUCUCCAAGGGGCAGAUCAUUAAUGUACUGAGCAAAGAUGAUGCAGAUUGGUGGCAAGGAGAAAUCAGUGGUGUGACAGGUCUCUUUCCUUCAAACUAUGUGAAGAUGACCACAGACUCUGAUCCAAGCCAACAGUGACCCAAUGUUGUCUUCCAGUGUGAAAGCACCUCAGAGACCCACUAUCCAAGUUUGACUAUAGCGUGGAGGCAGGGUGGACAGCCCUGCUCAAAUAUCUGACACAAUCCAUUUGCUUCGUUUGAAUGUUAGAUCCACACGAGAAUUAAUUUUUUGUGUUUUAUAAUCUACUGUUACAAUUAAUUUGUAAAACCAGAAAGGAUAGUGGGUCUUUGUGUGGCUUUCACUGCUGUCCACUCUGGUUUCCUCUAGUGUUUUUUUCCUUUUCUUAUUGAUAAUCAUAGAUCAUUAGCAUGCAUAUCAAGGUAUCCCUUGCAUGGUGGGAUUUCAGACACACAAAGACCCACUAUUUGCACAAGUUAGCUGAGCUGUUUUAUAUGGGCAGAUGUCUUCUUGUAAUGUUAUAACCUGUGCAUACUUUGCAGAAUUGAAAUGUUUGCUGAUUACUGAUCUGAUAGACUUAGUUUAAUCCUGUGCACAGUGAGCUUUUUAAAUUGGCAACAUAUAUGAUUCAUCCAAAAAAUAAAACCUGGCCUACCUUUCUACAUUACAGAGUGCCACUGUGACUACAAGUAUGCCAUGUAGUUUAGGUUUUAGAUCAUAGAACUGUUUUGUCUGAUUCAGUCCAGCCUUCCAAAUGGCCUUUUUGUGAGGAGAGGAGUUUAGAGGUGGAAUGGAGGAUGCUUUCAUUUCAUUUUCUUCUCUCAUCUCAUCACAGUAGCACUAUGGGGCAUUUUCUCUCAAGGCAAAGGCAAACUAGGCUAAUAUAAUUUGUGGGCUGGCCUGCAAGUUACUUUGGGUGGAUGUGUCCUAUCCCUUGGCCACCACCUUCCCUCAAACAUUUUACCAUUGUAACACACUUGUCGUCAGUUUUGGUGAACAGCAUCAUCUAAUCUUACUACAAUUGGUACCAUGCUGCCUCUGUGCUGUCAGACUCACCAAUCUGUCCUCAUUUUCUUUUCUUUUCUUUUUUUUUAAAUUAAGAGUUCUGGUACAGGACUGAAUGGUUCUGAAGACUGAUAAUUGGCUAGAGAGUCUUUCAUCUCUAGGACACCAGGUCAUAUCUGGCCCAGGUCAAUAGUGAAUGAAAGUCUUUGGCAUCUGAAAGCUGUUCUUCUUCCUAUUACAAAAUGAAUUGGUGGUCUCAGUCAAGUUCCUCCUAUACAAGUGUCCACAAUAAUAUAUGCCACCACCAGAAAAGACACUAGUAGACACGCUUGUUAGCUGAAAGAGGAAGGCCAAGGAUUUAAAUGGGCUUGGAAACUGAACCAUCCGCUCUCCUGGUUCAGAGGUAGCUUUUCCAGUUCAGGGUUUGAGGGGCAGAGUGUUACAGGUAAACUUGUACUGCCCAUGCUGUCUCUGUUAUGUGGAUAAAAUCAGGACUUCUGUCUCCAGGGCUAUACAUCUUGCAUCUUUUAGCAGCCCUAAAUUAUUUUAAAAGGGAAAAAAAGCUAGUAAGUAGAUUUCUUUUAGUUGCUUUUAAAAUGAAGGGGUCUAUUUGAUGGCAGACCAUACAUCUAAUAAAACAGUUCUGUGGUCCAUACAACGCAAAGAGAAUUUCUAGUAGAUGCAGUAUUAAAUUCAGUUUGCUUCCUGAAUUUGGGAUUGAAAUAACAAACAUGUGGAUUAUGCAAUCUGAAAUUGUUUACAAACUACUGUAAGUUUACAAUAUAUAUGAAUGUUGUGAGGUACUAUCCGGAAAAAGUGUUAAUACAAUUACAGAGAUUUAAAAGCCUUCUUCCAAAAGUUCUAUAAAAGGAGUGAAAUAUUAUGUAUUUAAUAUACUUUAUCAAGUAAUGUAUAUGUGUCCCUUAGGUCAGAGAUAUAUAUUUUGUGCAAUACAAAUUACAGUAAGGUGCCUACAUCAAACUAUAAAUGGAUUUUUAUUCCAGUUGUAUUUUAUCUCAAUUAAUAUUCUGUUCUUGAAUAAAUUAACUUUAAUUAGAGGCAAAGAAUCUGCUAAUUAAUUGCUCAAAUAGCAAUGUUCUAGCUGACUUAAUGUCUUUUUCAUGUUGAAAUUAGAUUUUUAGCUAAGGCUGUUUCUAUUAAAAUGUGCUAAUUGCCCUGUAUUGCCUUCUCUUAAUUUUCUGAUUUUGCAGAUCUGUUUAAUACAGGCAGAAAUGUGCUGCUAUGGUACAACAGUCAUAUCAAAUUGUUACUUAUUGUAGGCCAAUAUCUGGGUGUCUUUGGGACCCAUUCGCUUUUAAAAAUUCGAAAUUCAAGGCACUAUUAACCCAGAGAGUUUGGGCCAGAUAUAACUCUCUAAUAGCCAAUAAAAUUGUUGCCUUGAUUGCCAAGUUACUAAAAGACCCCAGUAAAUAAAUAAAUAAAGUCAUGCCCUGUCUAGUAUGUGCUGGGAAAUAAUAUUAUGGUAUUUUUCAGCAAUAAAUAAUGCUUUACCCACGUAUACACAACUGCAGUUGAAUAUUAGGGAUAGCAUUCUAUAUCUGUAUGGUUUGACCCAUGUAAAUCCAUAGCUGGAAAUAAGCAUUCACAAUUAAAACACAAACAGCUGCGUUCAGUUUGAAUUUACAGGUGCUAGAACUGAGUUCAGAGGCAUGCUGCCAUGGGCUUUCUCUGUUGUAAUUAAAUGUUGUAGUGUUAUUUGAAAGCCAAGGUGGGUGAGGUAAUAUCUUUUGUUGGACCAACUUCUGUUGGUGAGAGAAACAAUCUUUUCAGCCAGAAAGAGCUCAAAAGCUUACCUCUCUCACAAACAGAAAGAAGUUGGUCCAAUAAAAUAUUACCUCUUCCACCUUGUCUCUCUAAUAUCCUGGGACUGACACAGCUAAAACUGCACUGCGUAGAGCAGUGUUAUUUGAGCAUCAUCUAUGAGCUCUGCACUGUAAAAAAUGGAAAAGGCCACAGUCCCUCCCUCACAGUGUUUAUCUUCUACAUCAGACAGAUUUUUCAGGUUUCAGAGUAACAGCCGUGUUAGUCUGUAUUCGCAAAAAGAAAAGGAGUACUUGUGGCACCUUAGAGACUAACCAAUUUAUUUGAGCAUGAGCUUUCGUGAGCUUGAGCUGUAGCUCACGAAAGCUCAUGCUCAAAUAAAUUGGUUAGUCUCUAAGGUGCCACAAGUACUCCUUUUCAUUUUUCAGGUUAGACAUGAUGCACCAGAUAACUAUGUGGUCUGGUCACAUAAUGGUACAGAAGGAUUUUUUUAAUACACAUUUUAGAUUACGGAUAAGAAGAGGCUGUGCAGAAUACUUAUUUUAAGGCAAGAUUUUAAAGAACCCUGCUGUAUCAAUACAGGUAUAUCGAUGGGAGCAGCUUAGUCUAAACAGAUUUUAGCUUUAAAAGUGAAUUUCCUUGCUCAUGUGGGUUUAAUUUCGAUGCUUACAACUGUGUUAGCAUCUCAGUGACUACAUUGACCCAGUCUCUCAGGCACAUCCUUGGAGAGACAUGUAGGUUCAGCCACCGUUCCAGCCAUUUAAGAAAAUUAGUUGUAAAGGGUCCAGUCCCUCCUGUCACAAAGGAGUAUGGCAUGAUGUGGAGCCCUACAAGGGUGGUAUGGGAAUUGGGGAGACUCCUCUAGUGAAUUAGAAGGGGCAGAAACAGAAAUAUUAUUGUACCUGCACAGUAGCUGAUAUUUCAAAUUCUGUAAGAGUCUAGUUUGCAAAUGUUACUUUCAAAGCUAAGUUCCUUAUCUUGCAGUCAGAUCUAGACAGGUCAAUCCCCUGCACUCUCACAGCCCAGGAUAGAUCCAGUUGCAGGCACAGAUGUAUGAAUAGUUAAUGCUUGUGAAGCACUUUGAAGGCAUACGUAGCACUAUAUAAAUGCUAAGUAUCAAUAGCUUUUUAUUACUUGUAGGAGCAUAAAAAGGUAGAAGUUCCAUUUGUAAAAAGUUCUGCAUUCUAAUAAUAAUUGAAAUUGCCCCUAUUAAUGUGUGAAUAAUUACCCUGAGCCCAAGGCUUUGUUCACCAAAGUGGAUCUCAGAGUGACUUUUUCAGUGAGGUUGUAAACUCUUGUAAAUAGGCGUCUGUUAUAGGAAUGCUGACAGACCCUUGCCCAUGGUGGUGCUGACUGCUGCUAUCGCAUAAUGACACUUUAAUGUAAUGGAACUAUUAAACUGUUACAUAAUGGUGUGUGUUGCCUUGAAAUAUCUUUUGUUGUUCUUUUCAAGCUGUAGUAUUAAUGGUUGGGGAUACAUGUUAAGAUCAUGCAAAUGCAGGAUAUGCUUGGCAUGAGAAAAUUGUUCAUCUUUGUUUUUAAAAAACCUGUAAGAUAACUAUGCAAAUGUAUUUUAUUAAAGGGACACAUAAAAGAUGUA